UUUCCACCGAGCCAAUUGGUUUUGAUAGUUUGCAAAAAUGACCGAAGCCGGCACCAACUCAUCCAACCCCAUGCGAGAGCUCCGCCUCGAGAAGCUCUGCAUCAACAUCUGUGUCGGCGAGUCCGGUGACAGACUCACCCGUGCCGCCAAGGUUAUUGAGCAGCUCACUGGCCAGACCCCCGUCUUCUCCAAGGCCCGUUACACCGUCCGUACCUUCGGUAUCCGCCGUAACGAAAAGAUUGCCGUCCACGUCACCGUCCGUGGCCCCAAGGCCGAGGAGAUUCUCGAGCGCGGCCUCAAGGUCAAGGAAUACGAGCUGAACAAGCGCAACUUCUCCGAGACCGGCAACUUUGGUUUCGGUAUCCAGGAGCACAUUGACCUGGGUAUCAAGUACGAUCCCAGCAUUGGUAUCUACGGUAUGGACUUUUACGUCUGCAUGGGCCGCCCUGGCUUCCGUGUCCACCGCAAGAAGGCCAAGGCUGGUCGCAUCGGCUUCAACCACCGUGUCACAAAGGAUGAGACCAUCGCCUGGUUCAAGAAGAGAUUCGACGGUAUUGUUCUUAACAAAUAAGCGCUCUUCUUCAGUUGGAUGCUAGGGCAGCUUUUGUCAAUAAACAAACAGUACAUGUAGUCUCUGGA